GUUUAAGACUCCUCCGGAUCUCACAUCUCACUCUUCAUCUCAAACAAGCAACCACCAGUCAUCUCAACGAUUGCCACCUCAUCAGCAAGAUAAUCUAUCCAUCUCAUCUUGCCUGCCCAACACACCCUUGCAAUCUCUCACCGCCUCUUGGUCAUUGGCCGCCCCGUCACCGCCGCAAACAGCCGGCUGAGUCACUGGCUCUGAAGUCAUUAUUUAGUUGAUUUAUUACACCGCCAUCCGCUACACAAAAAUGCCCUCUUCCUCCUCCACCACCACCACCACCACCACAACCCUUUCUACCUACUCUUCCCCCUCUGCUGCCUUCGAUUCCAUCCUGCGUCGUCGCUCCCAGAAGAAAAUGAGCAUCACUCAGACUUACUACCUGGCGCACACCGCCCGCCGGAAGCUGACCGUCGAGGCCGGUCGUGCCGACCACGACCUGCGCCUGCUGGUUGGUCACGCCAACCUGCUGGACUCGCUGAUGCUGGAGCUGGCGGAUGCCGAGCACGAGCAGGAACGCUGGUUCAACCAGACUGUCAAGACUACCUCUACCACUACUACUCCCACUACCACCAUCGCCGCUGCCGAGAGCCCGAAGCACAUCAAAUGGGCCGAGACGGUCAUUGACUCGAGCGAGGAAUGGAACUUGGACGGUGAUCUUUCGGACUGCGAGAGCGACUCGGAUAGCGAUUCUGACUACUACGAGGAUGAUGAGGAGGAGGUGGAGGAAGAUGAUGAGGAAGAUUUCUUCCCUCAACAGCAACAACAAGUCCAGCUUCCCCGCCGACGGGCUCCUUCACCGGUCGCCAUCAUCACCUCCCACGAACUGGACGACUACGAUGAUUCCGACUCGGACUUUGAAUACGCCGACGACGACGAAGAAGACCUGGCGGAGUUGACGCUCACGCGCACCUCCUCGCACGCCAUGACCUCCCCCCCGCCCGAGCUCUCGUCGGACUCGAGCGACGAGUCCGACGACGAGCUGCCGCCCUCGCCGCCGCAGCCGGCGCUCGAGGCAUUCCCCGCCACGCACCACUCGGCGAGCGUGUGCACCAAGGAAGCCGUCACGUCGUCGACAGGGGUCGCCCUGUUGGACUCGUUCGACGAGGAGUUUUACGUAUCACGCACAGGCCAGGGCAUCAUCUCCGCAUAUUAGUGGCGGGGGUGGAGUGGUGCCUUGCAGUCUGUACGAUAUUUGAUAUGUGAUACCCCAAAAAGUGCAUCUAGACAGCGCAGCGUUUUUCUUCUUUUGUCCAUGUUCUCAUGUUUCUCACCCUAUUUA